GGAGGAGGCUCUGCGACAGCUCCAUGCUGGAGGGACACUACUGUGCCUGGAGAUGCCGCGAGGGGCGGAGAUGACUUGCGACAUGGCUGGUCUUGUCUGCGGCGAGAAGUUCAAAGGGAUCAAAAUGAUUCCUCCUGGUCUUCAUCUGGUGUGCUGGGAUGCAGGACAUGACAAGGUGAUCCCGUCGGAUGUGAAGGAGAGUGAUAGUCAAACAGCAUGCCACUUUCCUUCAUUUCUGCAAGUCGAGCAUUGAAACAUGGACUUGGGAUGCGAAACUGGAGGACCUUCGACUCAUCGAUGACCGCGAACAGGCUGAGAGAUUGGCGAUCGCUGUGUGAUUGACAACUGCAUAUAUGCCUUCGGUACUGAAAGACUGUGCUUGAAGGUUAAGGAGUAUCAGUUUGAUUCCGAGCUGGGGAAGUCUGUCCUCUAGAAAGGCACUAUCCAUGACUAACAGCUCUGUCAGAUUUCCUGAUGGAGACUACCAAGCAUGGCUGAAGCUUUCCAACAUGAUAACUCUUGACACGCUAGAUCGAUGCGGCAUAGCUCCACGAGUCAUCAUGGCGGGAGGCGCUUCUCGCAAGGAUCAACCUGUCGAGCAUGCUCCUGUGGCCCCGAAGUUCGUGGAGAUGUCCUCCUCGCGGCGCCUUCCAGGCAUGACAGCAGCGGAUAUAAGCGAGUUCAACAUGGACGGGAGCAUACGUCUGCAGCAUGUCCUUGCGCAUCUGAGUGACAGUUGGAGAGAACUGCUCGCCGAGCUUCAAAUCGCUUUUCUGCUCUUCCUGCUCCUCGCUUCGUUGGAAGCUCUAGACUUCUGGAAGAACUGUGUGGCUCUGCUGUGCUCUUGCGGAAAGAUGCUCGCAGACAAGCCUGAGCUCAUGUCUGAAUUCGUUCUCACCCUUCGGCGGCAACUCGAGCAUGUUCCGGCUGAUUUCUUUCGUGACGAGAUCGCAAAGUCCAACUUCCUUGGGCCUUCACUCUCGUGCCUGCUACAGCUUGUAGACGAUCACUUUACCUUGCAGCCGAGGGACGAAAGGAGCGGAGGGUUGAGAGGGGCGCAAGCAAAGCUCUUCAAACGGGCCAAGCGCUUAAAGGAGCUGAUGCAGAAGCGAUUCGACCUGAUCGACUUGGAUGACUUUGUUCUGGAAGAUGAAGUGCCAACGAUAGUUGAAAGCCUUGAGAUUCAGGACAAAGGACAAGAGAACGAGGAAGAGCGCAAGGAGAGCUCACCUGCUGUAGCAGAGGGUAGAUAUGUGGCGAGGAUGCCAUGGAUGUUGCCUUCCGACAACUCGGAAAACUAG